CUCAGUCAACGCGCUGCCACCGGAACGCGCGCACGCGAUCGACGCCGCCGACACACAGCAUCCGACCAGACGCGUCCCAUCCCAUCGGGGUGCCAUGGCGACGGGGGCGCUGGAGAAGAAGAGGCCUCAGCCCAAGGAGCAGACGCGGCUGGUGGUCCAGCGGGACAACCCGUACCAGGACACGCACCGCAGCUGGGUCGUGUCCGUCGCCUGCGCCUGGAACUUCUUCUGGCUGACGCUCAUCAACCGCUCCAGCGGCAUCCUCUUCGUCGCCAUCCUGGACUCCUUCAGCGUCAAUAGACAAGACGCCGCCUGGUCCUUCAGCCUCAUGGACACGCUGGCCAGCUUCACGAUAAUCCUGUGCAGCGUGGUGUACAAAGUGGUGGACACGCGGGAGCUGUCCCUCGUCGGCUCCAUCACGGUGUCGGCGGCCUGCAUGCUCUGCUUCCUGGUCUUUCGGGUCCAGGUAAUAACAGUCGUUCUGGGAACGAUUAUAGGCAUCGGGCAAGGGAUGAUGUACUUCUCCAACACGAUUGUGAUCAACCAGUACUUCAAGCGGCACCGGGCAUCAGGCAACGGCAUCUACUUUGCGGGCGGCACCCUGAGCUCCUUCUUCUUCCCGCCCAUGCUGUUCACUGUCAUCCACAUGUUCGGCCUGCGGACGACCCUGCUGCUGCUGGGCGCCCUCUCCCUGCACGCCAUCCCGGGCUCCAUGCUGCUCGAGUCCCCCUUCAACCGCGUCCGCAAGAUUGACCGCAAGAGAAAGCUGCGCACCAUCGUCACCGAAGACUGCGUCGAGAAGGCCAAGCUCAACCCGCCGCCGGGCCCCGGCGUCGAGAGCAACGUCGAGGAGAAGCUCGAGCACUGGUUCCGGGAGCAGCUGGCCGUCUUCGCCUUCUUGCGCCGCCCCAUCUUCUACGCCAUCGUCCUGACGGGCAUCACCUUCUCCUUCUCCUUUGUCGUGUUCCCGGUGACCAUCGUGGACUUUGCCAUUACCCGGGGCGUGUCGCGCCACUCGGCGGCGCUGCUGCUCACCAGCUUCUCGGCGGGCGACCUGGCGGGGCGCCUGUUCAGCGGUGUGCUCACCGACCGGGGCAUCCUGCGCAAGGACCACAUGAUGGUGCUCAUCUACGUUGUGUGGAGCGCCGCCUUCCUGGCGCUGCCCCUGUGCACCAGCUACAAGGUGACCUUCGCUGUCACCGUGGUGCUUGGGGUGGCCGUCGGGGCCGGCGGCAUCUUCAACACGGUGCUGCUGGCCGACUACCUGGGCAUCCACAUCAUGCCCACCACCUUCGCCAUGUUCCGCCUCGUGCUGGGGCUCAUCUCCCUCGUGCGGCCCUUCUGUAUCGGUGAGGGGCCUCCUCCGCUCCAUGUCUGCUACUUCAGGGACAGAAUAGGCUCCUACGACGGCCUCUACUAUCUCCUGGGAGCCUACAGCUUCGUUGUUGCCUUCAUGUGGGUCAUCAUCUCCCUUGUACGAUGUAACAGAGUCACCAAAAAGUACUCGCUCAAGUGACCGUUCCUCCGCACCAUCACACUGCCAUCACCACUGCCACCACCAUCGUCAUCAUCCUUCACCUGUUGUUAUCCAUUGCGCCCAUGUUUCACAAUAAAGGAAGCCACUAUGUUUUG